AAAUCUUUUCCAUUAAGGACUCAUGUUUUCAGACUAGAGAUACUGUUGUUCUGUUUUAUACAUAGGUCCAAGAUGUGGCUGUUUUGGGGAGUGGCCUGCUUAGUCCAUCAGGCUCUGACAUCUGAAGAAUUCAGCAGCAGAAGACAUCAGAAUCCUCAAGAAUUUAUGACUAUUCCUGAAAUCAUUCAAUAUUGGGGAUACCCCAGUGAAGAGUAUACAAUCCUGACAGAGGAUGGCUAUUACCUGCAGGCAAACAGAAUUCCACAUGGAAUACAUCCUUCUGGGAAGACAGGGCCUAAGUCAGUUGCAUUAUUGGUACCUGGUGCCCUUUGUGAAGGCAGGAGCUGGAUUGCAAAUCUUCCUAGCAAUAGUCUGGGAUUUGUUCUAGCAGAUGCUGGUUAUGAUGUCUGGAUGAUAAAUAACAGGGGGACAUCCUGGUCUAGAAGACAUCAGCACGUCUCAGCAGACCAAGAAGAAUUUUGGAAUUUCAGCUUUCAUGAAACAGCAGUUUACGAUAUUCCAGCAACCAUAAACUUUAUUCUGCAGAAAACUAAACAAAAAGGCUUGUAUUAUAUUGGCCAUUCCCAGGGAGGUACAUUGGGUUUUAUUGCCUUUUCAACCAUGCCACAGCUUGCUCAAAAGGUUAAACUCUUCAUGGGUCUGGCUCCCGCCUACACAAUGGAAGGCAUUAAGGGACUCUUUUCUAUAAUUCUACGCCUUCCUGAAGAAUUGACAAGCCUUAUAUGCAGCAAUAAAGAAUACUGCUUUUUCUUUAACGAACUAACAGCCAUCGAUGCCAAGUUGUGCAGCUAUCCGGGGAUUGACAAAAUUUGCCUCCAAAUCAUGUCCUUAUUUCAAGGACGCAAUGAGAAAAACCUAAAUGUGAGUCGAGCAGAUGUGUAUCUUGGAAUUUACCCCGAUUUUACUUCUGUAAAAACUAUCAGACACUGGAGUCAGGUUGCUAAAACCAACCAAUUUAAGUAUUUUGAUCAUGGAUCAAAGAAUGAAGCUGUCUACAACAUGAGUACACCCCCAUUUUAUAAGAUAGAAGAUAUUAGUGUGCCAACUGCUGUGUGGAGUGGUGGACAUGACAUUGUUGUAACCACAGAGGAUACUGAAUGGCUGCUCCCUCGAAUCCCUCAUUUAGUUUUCUAUAAGAAUAUUCCUGAUUGGCAACAUACAGAUUUUAUCUGGGGUCUUGAUGCACCAAAACGGUUGUAUAAGGAUGUGCUUUGUCUGAUGCAAAAGUUCAAAUAAAGUCUUAAUGUGACGUCCAAA